GUGGAGUUUCCCUAGCCCAGGGAGGAGGGGGAAGAGGACGAGGAGUAGGAGGGCGGUCGUCCGGGGUUAGGUUUGGGGGGUGUUGGUCUGUUCAGGGCGGGGGAUGACUCACAGCCCAUCCCAUCUCUUCGACGCCUCCCGCCCGCGCAGAGCUCACUCCAUGGCUUAGCGGGGGAGGCAGUGGUAAGCAGGGGCGGGGACUCUUAUUUUGUUAGGGGGACCGGGCCGAAGCCCGACCGGCCUGGCAGGGCUCGCCCGGGGCCGGGCGUCAUGUCUCAUGCAGCCGAGCCAUCUCGGGACGGCGUAGAGGCCAGCGCAGAGGGCCCUCGAGCCGUGUUCGUGGUGUUGGAGGAACGGAGGCCGGCCGACUCGGCCCAACUGCUCAGCCUAAACUCUUUGCUUCCGGAAUCCGGGAUUGUUGCUGACAUCGAAUUAGAAAACGUCCUUGAUCCUGACAGCUUCUACGAGCUCAAAAGCCAGCCCUUAUCACUACGCUCAAGCCUCCCAAUAUCACUGCAGGCCACACCAGCCACCCCAGCUACCCUGUCUGCAUCAUCUUCUGCAGGGGGCUCCCGGACCCCUGCCAUGUCAUCAUCAUCUUCAUCACGGGUCUUGCUGCGGCAGCAGCUAAUGCGGGCCCAGGCCCAGGAGCAGGAGAGGCGUGAGCGUCGGGAACAGGCUGCAGCCUCUCCCUUCCCCAGUCCUGCACCUGCCUCUCCUGCCAUCUCUGUGGUUGGUGUCUCUGCUGGGGGCCACACAUUGGGCCGUCCUCCCCCUGCUCAGGUGCCCAGGGAGGUGCUCAAGGUGCAGACACAUCUGGAGAACCCAACACGCUACCACCUGCAGCAGGCGCGCCGGCAGCAGGUGAAACAGUACCUGUCCACCACACUUGGACCCAAGCUGGCUUCCCAGGCCCUCAAUCCACCACCAGGGGCUGCUAGUGCUCAGCCGCUCCCUGCCCCCGAGGCCGCCCAUGCUACUGGCCCCACAGGCAGUGCCCCCAACAGCCCCAUGGCACUACUCACCAUUGGAUCCAGCUCAGAGAAGGAGAUUGAUGAUGUGAUUGAUGAGAUCAUCAGCCUGGAGUCCAGUUACAAUGAUGAGAUGCUCAGCUAUCUGCCUGGAGGCACUGCGGGGCUACAGCUCCCCAGCACGCUGCCCGUGUCAGGGAAUCUGCUUGAUGUGUACAAUAGUCAGGGCGUGGCCACGCCUGCCAUCACUGUCAGCAACUCUUGCCCAGCUGAGCUGCCCAACAUCAAACGGGAGAUCUCUGAGACAGAGGCCAAGGCCCUUUUGAAGGAACGGCAGAAGAAAGACAAUCACAACCUAAUUGAACGUCGCAGGCGAUUCAACAUUAAUGACAGGAUCAAGGAGCUGGGCACUCUCAUCCCCAAGUCCAGUGACCCGGAGAUGCGCUGGAACAAGGGCACUAUCCUGAAAGCCUCUGUAGAUUACAUCCGCAAGUUGCAGAAGGAGCAGCAACGCUCCAAGGACCUGGAGAGCCGGCAGCGGUCCCUGGAGCAAGCCAACCGCAGCCUGCAGCUCCGAAUACAGGAGCUUGAACUGCAGGCCCAGAUCCAUGGUCUGCCUGUCCCUCCCACCCCAGGGCUGCUUUCCCUGGCCACAACUUCGGCCUCUGACAGCCUCAAGCCAGAGCAGCUGGACGUUGAGGAGGAGGGCAGGCCAGGCACAGCAACAUUUCAUGCAGGAGAGGGACCUGCUCAGGGCGCUCCCCAUCAGCAGCCCCCAGUGCCACCCUCGGAUGCCCUUCUGGACCUGCACUUUCCCAGCGACCACCUGGGGGAUCUGGGGGACCCCUUCCACCUGGGGCUAACGGACAUUCUGAUGGAGGAGGAGGAGGGAGUGGUGGGAGGACUGUCAGGGGGCACCCUGUCCCCACUGCGGGCUGCCUCUGACCCCCUGCUCUCUUCUGUGUCCCCCGCUGUCUCUAAGGCCAGCAGCCGCCGCAGCAGCUUCAGCAUGGAGGAAGAGUCCUGAUCAGGCCUCACCCCUCCCCUGGGAUUUCCCCACUCAGGAAAGGAGGAUAAGUCAGGAUGAGGCCCUGCCUUUUCCCUCACUCUCCCAUGAGGUUGUCCUGCCUAGGUCUUCUGGGGAAAGAGAUGAGAUGAGGCCCCAACCCUACCAGUCAAGGAGAAGGAGUCAGGUGACACCCCACCCUUCCCUACAGGCCCAGCCAGCUGCAAGAAGAUCAGGGUCUUGUCUCCAGGAGAUCACAGCCUCACCCUUGCCCCAUGGUACCUGCCCUUGCCCAGGUGAGGGAAGGAAACAGGAUGAGAUCCAUCCCUGUCCCCUGAUGACUAUCGUUGCCAUGUCUCCUGGGAUAAGGAGGUGUCAGGAUACUUCUCCAUCCCCUAUCUUAGAAUGGUCAGUCUAGUCCAUCCUGGCAAGGAAGAGGAAUCGGAAUUAUGGGAUUCCCACCUUGGGGUUUGAAGCCCUGCCCCUUCCCCAUGACCCAUUCCCUGGCCUGCCCAGGCCAGGAACGUAAGUGAGGAUGAGAGCCAGACCCUUCACCUGGAAAUUCAGUCUUCCAGCAAUAAAAGGAGCCAGGCCCCGCCCCUCCCUUCUAGGAAUAGCCCAGUAGGGGUAUUUCAGGCAUGAAGGAGUCUGUAAGAUCAGGCCACCAUGUGGCGAUCACAGCCCUUAUUCCUUAGCAACAUCCCAUCCAAGCAUUCCACUACAGGGAGGAGUGUUACUUAAGCUCCCUGCCUUAACCUGAGACCAAGGUGACAACCUAGGAGGGCUCUGAGCUGACCUUGCCCUUAGAGGUGGGGGCAGAUCUUGAAAUAUUGUGGAUUGACAUUACAGACCUAGAUCAGGAGUGAGAGACCCCUACCUUUGGGGAGAGUCCUGACUCCUUCCUUGAAGGGCAGUUUGGGGAGGCGAUGGGGAGUAGGGGUUACUGAGUCCAGGUACCGGCACCCCAUUCCUUUUUUUUUUAACAUGUAGAAGAACACGAUGAAGGAAGGGACCCUUCUGGGGAUUUCCCCAGCCCAGGAAAAAGUGGAAACUUUUCCCACCAAGGCAGAGGCUUGGAGGAAGGAUUACAAAAGCAUGUAUCCUUCUUUUGUUUAUCCGAUUUUUUACUGACCCCUUACUCAGAAGCUAGGUCACCCACAGCCACUGACUUCUACCCAGCUCUCCAUUUGGAGGAAUCUUCCUCAUUUCAGAGUUAUCAACAGACGCUCCUCACCCAUCCCCACCCCUCUUACCACAUACAUACACCCAAGGCUGUCAACUCGAUUGUUGGGCCCAAGUCCCAAGGAGAGUGUACUGAGGGGUCUGUAGGUUUGUGAUUAAAAUAAUAAAUGCUAGGCGUGUUUGAUGCGCUUUUAACUUUGGCAAAGAGUCUCCUGUCCUUUUGACUAUGCAAUGAGCAUGGCUCAUGCAGGCCAAGAGGAAGGAAGGUUCUUGGAAGAAACAGAUGUAAGAGAUGGAUAAAAGAAUUUAGCUAGAAAUAGGGGCUGGAGGAAAACAACCAAAAGCAACCGGUCCUUAACUACCUGCCAGGCACUCUCCUAAUAAUUGCAAGUAUUUUACCUAAUUUAUCAUUCUAAGGAAUAUUCAUCAAGAAUAUGCUGAUUUUUAUUCCCAGUUUAUGUUUGAAGAAACCCAGGAAUAGAAUUUAACUAUAUGAAGAUAAACAACUGGUAAAUGGAUGAAGAGCUAAAUGGUAAAGUUAGGUGAGUGAGGGCUCUGGUUUGAAAAGUCACUGAGGGCAAAGGGGUCAAAGAUUUUCUUGCAAGUUCUCUUUUGAAACUGAUAAGAAAGUGUGUGAAUGUAUCUGCUGGCAGACAUUAGAGGCAUUCCAGAAGAAAGGGCAAAGACAGAAACCAUAAAGAUCAGGAACAGGUAAGCAACUUCCUUUCAGAACAGAUAUUGACAUUUUGGAGGAAUUUUAUAGAGGUGAACAGACACAGGUAUCUUGAAAGCUGGGGAAAAAAUAUUCCUAGAAUUCCUCAACCAGAUUCUUGACUCCCAGGACAGGCAUCAGGCCCGGUCCUGUGUCUGCCCCAGCAGAGUGAGCACCACACUUGCUACUUCUUUCUAGCCUAUCAUCACACUGUGACACCCCCUAAGGCCUGGUUGUUGAAUCUACCCCCAGACUUGUGGCUCCCUGAUACCUUUAUUUUUUCUCCUCAAAUUUGCUAUAUCCUCUUUAUAAAGAUAACAUGUAAUACCCA